UUCUAGACUGUGUGGCAACUCCCUUGUUUUUCUCGGCUGACGAAAAAUUUGACCGAAAUAAAUCAAUUAAAUUGAAAGUGUCGUGAAAAGCAAAUUCACAGUGAAAAAGGUGCAAGGUGUCAGGCUAAAAAAGCCGUGUUUUACAAGGCUUUUCGAGCCCAGAACCCAGCAGGCGUACGUGUGUGUGUUGGUGCGUAGCCUAUAGACGUCACACGCUCACGCACACAAAUAAAGAGAGCGGAGCCUCACUAUUUACUUUGAUCACCACGUAGUUAACUAGCUAAUACUAGUGAUUACGCACUAAGGCGCCAUGGACGGAAACAAGGACGAGGCCCAGCGGUGCAUCGACCUCGCGGUCCAAGCGCUCACCGCGGGCAAAAUCGAAAAGGCCGAGAAGUUCCUUCUCAAGGCGGAGAGGCUCUUUCCCACGGAGAAUGCCAAAAGGCUGCUUGCCCAGGUGAAGAGCACUUCGAGCAACGGAAGCAAUGGCAAAUCCCGUACAGCGGCUGCCAGCGAUGAGAAGGACAGCGGGCCGAGGAAACGUGUGAACUCGGAUUCCCGCUCCAGUGCCCCAGAUUACACCAAUGAUCAGUUGGAGGCUGUGCGAAAGAUCAAAACCUGUAAGGACUACUACGAAGUACUGGGCGUGAGCAAGACGGCCACUGACUCGGAGAUCAAAAAGGCCUACAAGAAGCUGGCUCUGCAAUUGCAUCCCGACAAGAAUAAGGCUCCUGGGUCGGUGGAGGCUUUCAAGGCUCUCGGCAAUGCUGCUGGCGUACUUACGGAUGCCGAAAAGCGCAAGAACUACGACCUGUAUGGCAUCAAUGAGUCGCACAAUGGUCACGGCAACAAUGGUGGCGGACACCAUGGACACGGUCAGUACUACAACAACGAGUAUGGAUACUCGCGCGGAUUCCAGGCUGACAUCAGUGCCGAGGAGCUGUUCAAUAUGUUCUUCAACGGCGGAUUCCCACAGCAGAAUGUCUACAUGCGGCAGCAGCGACGUCGUCAGCAGGCUCGCGAGGAUCGAGAAGGUAACAACUCUUCGGCCUUGGUCAACUUUCUGCCCAUCUUGCUGCUCAUUGGACUUUCCAUGAUGUCGUCCUUCUUCAUCUCGGACCCAAUGUACAGCUUGACGCCCUCUCAUAAAUAUUCGGUGAAGCGUGAGACAAACUCCCUGAAGGUACCAUACUACGUAAAGGACAACUUCUAUUCAGAAUACCAGGGAUCCGUAGCCCGAUUAGAGGAAUCCGUGGAAGAGGACUUCGUGAAUCAUCUAAAACACUCCUGCAGUCGAGAGCGGAAUUAUCGCGACUCAAUGCUGGCCAAGGCGCGUACCUUUGGCGAUCGGGACCUGUACAGAAAGGCGCAGAACAUCAACACGCCGUCGUGCGAGAAUCUGCAAAAAGCUGCUAUGAGACAUCAGAGUUUCCCUAAUAACGUUUGGUAGCACGAUCCAUCGAUCGGCAUUUUCAUUUCCAUAGAAAGCAAUCGGCAAUAUGUGAAAGCGAAGCAAACGCAACUGCCAAAAAGUCAUAUUUACGAGUAUAAGUGGGCGGCUGAGACGAAGGACUCUUGUUUUUUCAUUUAGCAAUCGGAUAACUAUAAACAUAAAUUAUACACGGAUACGCAUGGGCAGUGGCGAUACUCUGAAUAAAAUUGCAAGUUAUUAUAAAUCCAAAA